AUGAUGAAUACAGAUGGUACAGGUACAUCCGAUGAUCAACAAAUGAUCAGCAUAAACGAAAGAGAAAACUUCAUUGGACGACUAACAAGUCAUUUUGGUGGUAAUCGAGAUUCGGCAGUGCGUUUUGAUGAUAUUGCAUAUAAUAGAAGUGGUGGAAAAUUAGCACUUUAUAAACGAGUGAUUCAAUUAUUACUACAACAGAGAAGUCAGCAAAUACAACAACAACAACAACAGCAACAGCAGCAGCAACAGCAGCAACAACAACAACAGCAGCAACAACAGCUGCAACAACAACAGCAAACAAUGAUAAAUUCACAGAACCAACAACAAAUGUAUAUGCAACCUCAACAAACACAAAUGACUGCAAUGCUUCAACAGCCACAGCCACAGCAACAACAAACGAUGAUGAAUUCACAGGGCCAACAACAAAUGUACAUGCAGCCGCAACAAAGCCAAAUGACUGGAAUGCUUCAACAACAACAACCACCACUACAACAACAACAACAGCAACAGCAACCACCACCACCAACAACAGUUCAAUCUUCCUAUAGAGUGCAACCAUCAUCAAACGUUCAACCAACAUCUAUGAUAAGUGUUAAACAAGAACCGCAAGCUCCUCCAUCUAAUAUUCAACCAAGAGCACCAAUACAAAAUUUUUCCAUGCAACAGCAGCAACAACAGCAACAAAUCAAACAAGAAUUGAUGACAUCAACAAUGCAACAACAACAAAUCAAACAAGAACUAAUGACAUCAACAAUGCAACAGCAACAGCAACCUGGUUUACAAAUCUCACAAAUGCGACCACAACAACAACAACAACAACAACAACAACAACCAUUGCAACCUCCACCAUCUCAAUACAUGCCACAACCACAACAACAACAACAGCAAGCUUCAACUAUUCUUCCUUCUCAACCGACAGCACCAACACCAGUACAACGUACACUUGCUCAGCAUCUUCAACAAGUACGUCAACAGAAUCAUCUCAAUCAACAACAACAACAACAAGACUCACCUAAUUCUUCUCAAUUACAACAACAACAACAACAACAACCAGCAGCGUCUUCAGUACUACCUCAACCAUCAUCAUCAUCAUCUGGUAGUCAAGAUGAAAUUCUUCAACAUAUUCUCACUAGUCCUAAUCCACCUAAACAACCAUCGAAUGCUGUUCAAAAUGCAGCACAAGUUAGACUACGUAACAUGAAUCGAAAUGUUCGUAAUCAACCAGCAUCUACUGCUCAAGCUACGAUACAACAACAGCCAAGUCCAAUACCUCCAGGUUCUGAUCCAAUGAUAACAUCUGGUAGUGUUGUAUCACCUCAUUCUCAUCCAAGUAUGAUGCAACAACAACAACAACAACAACCAACAUCUAUAGGUCCACCUGGACAAAGUCCAUUAGCACGUUACAUGAUGGCUCAAUCUCCACAAAAUAGUCUUUACCGUCCACAAGCAUCACCAAUGAAUAUGAUAAAUUAUACUGGCAGUCCAACAGCAAUGAUUGAUGAUGAAAUGCAUUUUCUCUUCAAAUUCUUUAAUGAACGUAUUCUACAUCUGACUCGAGUAAUUGCUCGAUAUCAACAAGACGGUCAACAUGAUAAAGUAGCUAAAUAUCGUCAAUUACAAGAUCAAAUGUCGAAUUUUGUUCGAAAUCCUAUUCCUGAACAUUUAAUGUCUGCACGUCGUCUCAAAGAACAUGUUGAUCGUAUGCUUGGACCAAUUAUGAUGCCACCAAUUAAUGAUACAUCAACAACAGUACCAUCAAGUACAAAUAAUUCUCGUUUAAUAUCAAAUGGAAUUUUUGAACAAUGUCAACGUACAAUUGUUGAUUAUUUAAAUAAAGAUCCAACAUUAAAAUUUAAUAUUGCAAAACGAUUCUUAGAACCAUUAAGUGAAGUUCUUAAUGGUGUACCACAUAAAACUAUACGAUUGGAUUCCGAAUCAAAACAGAUCAUUGAUCAAAAUCCACCAUUAGCAAAUACUCAUUCUGAUACAUCAUUAAUUAAUAUAAUUGAAAGUGAAUUUGCUCAUUUAUCAACGAAUACAUAUUCAUAUGAAUUAAAACCUAUGUAUGAUAAAAUAUCAUCAUCACCAUCAAUACUUAAAAAUAAAGAUUUACUUAUUCAUGAUUAUGAACUAACAUGUCGUUUUGUUGAAAAUAAUAUGCCUAUUGUUCCACCAUUAAAAAUGAAAUUAACAAUACAAUAUCCAAAUGUAUCACCUGAAAUUCUUUCAUUAGUAUCAACAACAAUGAAUACAACACCAAAUAGACUCGAAAAUUCAGAUGGCAAUACAUUUUUUGAAUCAAUAUCACGAAAUUUUGUUUACUUUUUAUUUCAAUUGCCGACUCAACAUACUGUUACUGAUAUUUUAGAUAUAUGGCGUGCAGCUAUUCAGAACGCUUCUAUUUCUCAAAAUGAAUACUAA